CAGGCGGAUUGGACAAGUACGAAUCGAUCGCUGUAACAGUGAAGGUCUAGUAAAAAAGAAAUACAAUAGAAAAUCGAAAAAUGCAAGCCAAGUUGUGCCUUGUCCUUUUGGCCAUCGGCCUGAGCCAGAUUGUGGCCCUGCCAUCGCCUUCGCUGCAGAUCAACCAUCCGAGCACCAACUUCCUGCAGUAUUUAAUGCAAUCCCGGGAUCUCGCCAAUGGCAAUGGCGACCACUCCAUCGACUGCCUGGGCUACUAUAUCCCCCUGAUAAACGAGGGCGUGACCGUGUACGAGAACAACUUCAAGGCCUGUCUGGAGCAGGCUGCCCUGGAGAUUUCCCAGAUCAACGACAGUACCAAGGAUGAUCGCGAUGCCAUCGACGCCUCCGCCCUGAGCUCCUGCGAUGCCCUCAAGGUCUGCAGUGAAAAGGAAGCCGCCGAGGAUUAUUUCGAGUGCUACAGCGAAGCCGGCUCCGACAGCACCAAGACCAUGUUCGCCAUUUCUGCAAAUGCCUCUGAACUUCUGGCCUUCGUGAAAGAGGAAGUCCGUCUCAUCCAGGUGAACGAGUACGUGUGCACCAACAAGACCCAGAGGGUCUACGCCGAGAACUCUGCCAAACUCUACGAGGAAUUGACCCUCUGCAUUGGUGGUGCUCCCAUUCCGUCGGAAGUCACGAGCACUGAACCCACAACCACGCAGUCCUCGACUGAUUCCACAUCUGUCGAUCCAGAAUCUUCGACUGAUUCCUCCCCAGCUGUACCAGAAUCCUCGACAGAUUCCUCAACUGAGUCAGAAUCCUCGACUGAUUCAACCUCAGCUGCUUCAGAAACCUCGACUGAUUCCACAACCACCGAGCCAGAAUCCUCAACAAAUUCCGAAGGUGACAAGGAAGCAGCUCCCGAGGAGGACUUGAAAUCGCUGUCCAGUCAUAACAACAAGGACAUCCAGAAUAUUCUGAAGAACCUGCAGAACUGGUUCAAGUCCCACUAAGCUAGCGAGGUCUUUAAUCCUAUAAAUAUAAACGAAGCAAACUAAAUAAAUAUACGUAUCUUA